CCCUAAGUUCCAACAUGGAAGGCUGGGCCCUACUGAGUCUUUUCCCUCCAUUCCUCUUCUUAGGAGCCCUGGCUGUGGCCAGGGGGCAGUGGGCCAUGCCGGGGGCAGUGGACGGCCCCAGCUGGAAGCAGGUGGAGGACAUUAGGGACAUUUACGACUUCCGUGAUGUUCUGGGAACGGGGGCCUUCUCAGAGGUAAUUCUGGCAGAAGAUAAGAGAACACACAAGCUGGUGGCCAUCAAAUGCAUCGCCAAGAAGGCUCUGGAGGGCAAGGAGGGCAGCAUGGAGAAUGAGAUCGCUGUCCUGCACAAGAUCAAGCACCCCAACAUUGUAGCCCUGAAUGACAUCUAUGAGAGUGGGGGUCACCUCUACCUCAUCAUGCAGCUGGUCUCCGGCGGGGAGCUGUUUGACCGCAUUGUGGAGAAAGGCUUCUACACGGAGCGGGACGCCAGCCGCCUCAUCUUCCAGGUGCUGGAUGCUGUCAAGUACCUACAUGAUCUGGGCAUUGUACACCGAGACCUCAAGCCAGAGAAUCUGUUGUACUACAGCCUGGAUGAAGACUCCAAGAUCAUGAUCUCCGAUUUCGGUCUCUCCAAGAUGGAGGACCCUGGCAGUGUGCUCUCCACAGCCUGUGGAACCCCAGGAUACGUGGCCCCUGAGGUCCUGGCCCAGAAGCCCUACAGCAAGGCCGUGGAUUGCUGGUCCAUUGGGGUCAUCGCCUACAUUCUGCUCUGCGGUUACCCCCCCUUCUAUGACGAGAAUGAUGCCAAACUCUUUGAACAGAUUUUGAAGGCCGAGUACGAGUUUGACUCUCCUUACUGGGACGACAUCUCUGACUCUGCCAAAGACUUCAUCCGACACUUGAUGGAGAAAGAUCCAGAAAAGAGGUUCACCUGUGAACAAGCCUUGCAGCACCCAUGGAUUGCAGGAGAUACGGCUCUAGAUAAGAAUAUUCACCAGUCGGUGAGUGAGCAGAUCAAGAAGAACUUCGCCAAGAGCAAAUGGAAGCAAGCAUUCAAUGCCACGGCCGUGGUGCGGCACAUGAGGAAGCUCCAGCUGGGCACCAGCCAGGAGGGGCAAGGACCAACAGCGAGCCACGGGGAGCUGCUGACACCGGCAGCUGGGGGGCCUGCGGCUGGCUGCUGCUGUCGAGACGGCUGUGUGGAGCCAGGCCCGGAACUGUCCCCUACAUUGCCCCCACAGCUCUAGGGCCCCAGAUCAAGGGUCCAAACCCCUUGUGUGGGAGGCACUGGGGCAGCCUGCUCCCCUUCCCUCCCUGAAUUUGAGAGUUACUCUGCCCUGCCACCUCCCCACCCCUUUCCCUAUCACUCCUCCACUGCAUUUUCCAUACAAAUGUUUCUAUUUUAUUGUUCUUUCUUGUAAUAAAGGGAAGAGAUAAAAACGUA